ACCAAAGCGGGUCUGAUAUUUAAGACUAAUACCUCUUAACGCGCGAAGCGAGUUAAUGAGAGGUUAUCUCAGGUCAGACUAGCUGGACAACAACAUAGCCCGCCAGCGGUACGUAACAGGUGUUUUACAAGGAAGGAGCCUGGUCAGGCGAAUUCCUUUGCCCUGGCGGAGAUAUGUUGCGAUGCCAAAUAUGGUAUUUUGUCGGACUUCACGAGGAGGCGUGGCCAAAAAAUGUUGCGUUGCGAAUUUUGGUAUUUUUCGGACAUUACAAGGAGGCGUGGCUAAAAAUGCUACGUCGCGUUAGCUGACGUGGUAAUUUCGGGAGGGGGCAAAAGCCAAUUUCUAACAAGUUAGCAUUCUUCUUCGUGGAGUCGAUUUGAAAGCAUCUUCCAUCUCAAUUCACCUGUCUUGUGCAACAUACUUCCUGUAUUUUUGUUAUUCGUUCGUUGAACUCUUUAGUUGUGAUCCUUCUAAUUGUCUUUCUUACCCAUUCAUAUAUCUUAAAGAACGCUUCGCAGUUGAGAAUUUAUUCUUUUAUCUAGGAACAUACCUGUAUAUUUGUGUUAUAUCCGUUUGUUGGACUUUUGAGCUGUUAGGAGUCACAGUUUGCUCUAAGGACUUUUCAAUUUCGCCACCCCUGCAUUAUUCAAUCAUGCCCAAGGUUAAGCCAGGCAAAAAGUUAAGUCAGAGGAAGUCUACUCGUCGUUCGGUCCGAGAUGCCGCCAGCCAGCCUUCUCCUGUCGACCUCGAGACAGACGUCGGCCAAGUUUUUACUUCUACGCAGAGCCCAGCUGCUGGAAGUUCGGCGUCGACAACCAACGAUGGACAGGUUUCGCAGGUUAGCACCAGGCGCAGAUCUGGCUGGCAGCAAGCUUCCCGCCCAUCUUUGGAGCAGCUUCAUAUAGAGAGAGAGCAUCUGUUGUUUUCUUCGCGGGCGCCCGGCACUCAUCAUACUUAUAGGAACGCUUGGUCUGUGUUUAAGCAGUUUCGGCUGCAAUAUCAUUAUGAUAUAAGUAUACGUCCUGACGUUGAGCAGGUCGCUCAAUUUAUUGCUUAUCUCUCCUGGAAUGGGUAUGCGGGGGCAACAAUAAGUACAUAUAUAUCAGGCCUGGCUUUUACGAUGCAAACAUUGGGUUGGCCUGAUGUGACUGACGCGUUUGUAAUCCGGCGGCUGGUAGACGGGUGCAGGCGGAAAAAUGCUCGCCGUGAUACCCGGUGUCCCAUAACCCUGCCUAUUCUCAAAUCCAUCCUAAAGUCAUUGACUCACGUAUGCGUUAAUACGUAUGAUCUGGCAUUGUUUCGGGCUGCCUUUCUAAUCGCUUUCUUUGGUUUUCUUCGAGUAGGGGAGUUCACGUCUCGAUCUAGACAUGAACCCGUUCCUUUAUCAGAAAAAGAUGUUAUUAUUCAAGGGAUGGGUAAUCAAGCAAAAUUGCGCAUUGUGAUUGCGAGGUCUAAAACAGAUCAAACUGGACGUGGAUGCUCGAUUCUAAUUCCACAGAAUGUUGUUUCGUAUUUAUGCCCACUUCGCGCUGUAAAUGAUUACCUCGCUCUGCGGAGCUCGGUCGGCUCUGCCUUUUUCCGUCACUUUGACUCGUCACCCCUAACGAGGCACCAAUUUGGCCAAGUUUUAAAGCGUGCCAUUAGUUUUUGCGGGCUACCCGUUGCUCAUUUCUCUUCUCAUUCUUUCCGUAUUGGGGCGGCAACUUCUGCAGCCAUGGCAGGUGUUCCCGAUGUUUGCAUUCAAAAUAUGGGGCGCUGGGCUUCCAACACACACAGAUUGUAUAUUCGACAACCUCUCCCCCCUUAAUUUAAGCAAUUUUGCCAGUAUGUUUAUCACCCUUCUAUGUUUAAUACCAGUUUGUGCACAAUUUAAUAUCGACCUAAUGUUUAUUUGUUUUUGUUUUUUGACAACCCCUAACGAGCAGUAAAUAUUAACCUUACUCUCUCUCUCUCUCGCUUGUUGCCAUGGUGACGCAAUAGUUAUCUUACCCGUUAAUAGUUCCAUGGGCGCAGGCAGAAUUGCUCGCCCACUGUUAGUAGAUUGUGGUCUUUGCUACACUUAUCGUGUUUAUGGUAACUAUGUACCCCCCCCCCCUUUUUAGAAUGUACAAUUGGUGCCGCUGUUUCUUUCCUUUUCUCUCUUCCAUGUGCAGUUAUUUGGAGUCUCAACGUGGGUUGUGUCAGCAUUCCACGGAAUCGUAAGAGAGGAAGGGGACAAUUCACGUUUCGCUGACGCGGGCAGUCCCGCUCUAGUUGGGGGCGGGCCCUCACUACUCGGCACGUGGCCGGGUCCUAAAACUCAAUACAUCCGCGAACAGAAGAACACUUGAUUUCUUUGUCGCGGAGCGAAAUCACUAGAGUAGCAGCUGGUUUACCUCCGUCGAGGACUCGCUGGCUCGGACGUCGCGAACAGUUGGAACUUUUUUAUGAGCAGAUGUUAUGACCUGAAUACCUUAUCCAGAACUCACACGUGGUAUCAUCAGAUCUCACGUCCUUACUACAAACUUCACUAUUUACUGACUAAGCCCCGCCCCCCCCCGCCUCUCCUUUAUCUUAGUGCACUAGACUCUUCGCAAGUGGACUGAGUGAGCAUGAAUCCUCCUAGAUGGUUUAAUUGUGCGUCCCUGUUCGUUUAAUGCACCCCCCCCCUUUUCCCCGCUUCUUAGCGUGGACCUUGUAAAUACAGCAUGGUUUGAACUAUUGGCAUCAUAUUGUGUUGUGGCGGCGGGCUGACGAUGAGUCAUCCCGUUUGGCGGCAUUCCAUUUUUUGCCACAACACAUUAUGAUUCUUCACUUAUUUUGGGCUUCCUGAGAUAAUAUUUUUCAUUUAUUUAGACCAAUUUCGUAUAUUCCACUCCUCAUGUUAUAAUGUGAACGGGGCUUGGUUCGUCACCCGAUUUGGAUGAGGCCACCAGCGAAUUCCAUUUCGGACCGAACAUUAACGUUGCCUCGUUCACAUUCUAGUUCAGGGCCGUUGGUGGGGCUUCUGAGCACUAGUUUCUGUUUUAAAAGUUUUCCUGCAUAAGCUCGUGUUGCAAACGGGAAUCUUUGCUUCGUAGCUUUGCAGAUGGAAUUUUACGUUGCCCACAUUUGGCCAACAUGACAAACUGGUGUCUUUGUCAUGAAUGUGGAUGGACUGUUUCAAUUGUCAAUUGAGGAGAUUGGUUUAAUAACUUUAAUUUUUCGCAUAUGACACAUCUCAGGAGGCUUUACGUUUAUAUUAUUAUGUUUUGAUUGUUGCAUUAUAUUAUGUUGGCUUUAUUUGACAACACAUCAUUUUGCAUUUUGGUAUACAUCAUUUGGAUGAUGCUUUUCAGAAACAAUUUUUAUUAAACUCCACGGAAAAUGCA